ACAGUUCUGAUAACAGCAACAGUAGGAGGAGGAUGAGCCGUGGGACCGCCCCACUCUCCCUCAGAUAUAAAUAGGAGGUGGAUUUUUUUACUCCACUCACUUCUCCUGAAGAAUGAGAUCCCUGAAACACCUCAAACAUCACUCCAGGAGCAAUGUGGAGGAAGAGAGAAGCUGUUUUGUGCGAACCUUUCCAAAGAUGACUGAGGCACAAGUGGAUGUGGGCACACAAACGGAGCCCGUGGUGGUGCUAUCACUUGCUCAAGCUGCUGUUCUUGGGCUCAUCUCCCAGAAUGAAAUAUUUGGGGCCACCAUUGCCCCGAAUGGCUUUUACACAGGGGAGCCAAAAGAGGGCCCCCCUCCACACCCUGAGUCAGUGGAGUAUGAAUAUGCCGACCAGCUGAUAGGUGCCAAUGGGGACUACCUGCCUGAGCCGUCUGGGGAGCAGGAGCCCCAGCCGCACUGUAGCGAGAGAAGACGACCUGGCCCCCGUGGGAGAACCAAGAGGCCCAGGAGUGAUGGGGAGCUAGAAUCUCCGCAGCAGAAAGAGGUUGCUCCACAGGCUCAGGUUAAAGGCGAAAGACUUGAUUCUGACAUCCCUCCGCCCUGCAUUCAUAUGAACAACAGAGACAGUCCUGGCAAGUCGGAGGAUUCGGUAACCCAUCAUGCUUCCCCGAAAGAAGAACAGGCCUGUGGAAACUGUUCAUCAUGUGUGAGAGACAAACCUGUGCCACAAACGGACGGACAAACCGAACAGGUGCAGGAAGAUGGUUCUGUUAGGGGGACAGAGAGGAAGGAAGGAGAGUUAAUGGUAGAAGAAGAAGAGGAGGAAGCACUGAACCUUAAGACAACUGGAGAAAAUAGCAGUCCUCUGGAGAAUCGUUAUUAUGAUUCCAACGAGGUGGCCUACAAAUCUUCUGAUAUGCCAAUGCAAGGAGAAUAUGAGGAGAACAGCCAGCCCCAGGCCAUGCUUUGGUCGGACCCAGAGGGGCUCGCCAGACGAAUGCAGAUUGACCGAUUGGACAUUAAUGUACAGAUUGAUGAGUCUUACUGUGUUGAUGUGGGAGAGGGUCUGAAACGCUGGAAAUGUCGUAUGUGUGAGAAGUCCUACACCUCUAAAUAUAAUCUUGUCACUCAUAUCCUGGGUCAUAAUGGAAUUAAGCCCCAUGAGUGUGUGCACUGUGGGAAGCUUUUCAAGCAGCCGAGCCACCUUCAGACUCACCUGCUCACCCAUCAGGGGACCCGACCCCAUAAGUGCACAGUGUGUGAAAAGGCCUUUACACAGACCAGUCACCUGAAGAGGCACAUGCUGCAGCACACAGAUGUUAAACCUUACAGCUGCCGCUUCUGCGGUCGGGGCUUUGCCUACCCCAGCGAGUUGAGGACCCAUGAGAACAAACACGAAAACGGUCAGUGCCAUGUCUGCACCCAGUGCGGCCUUGAGUUUCCAACCUACGCCCACCUGAAGCGUCACCUAACCAGCCAUCAAGGUCCAACCACUUACCAGUGUACAGAGUGCAACAAAUCCUUUGCGUACCGGAGCCAGCUGCAGAACCAUUUAAUGAAGCAUCAAAACGUUCGUCCCUUUGUUUGUCCUGAGUGUGGGAUGGAGUUUGUCCAGAUCCACCACCUUCGACAGCAUGCCCUCACACACAAGGGUAUGAAAGAAUUCAAGUGUGAUGUGUGUGCCAGAGAGUUCACUCUGUCGGCCAACCUGAAGAGACACAUGCUGAUUCAUGCCAGCGUGAGACCCUUCCAGUGCCACAUCUGCUUCAAGACCUUCGUCCAGAAGCAGACCCUCAAAACGCACAUGAUUGUUCACCUCCCUGUCAAACCCUUCAAAUGCAAGGUGUGCGGAAAGUCGUUCAACAGAAUGUACAAUCUACUUGGCCACAUGCACCUCCAUGCUGGCAGCAAGCCCUUCAAGUGCCCUUACUGCUCCAGCAAGUUCAACCUGAAGGGCAACCUGAGUCGACACAUGAAGGUUAAGCAUGGCAUUAUGGACACCACAAUUGAUGGACAUGAGCCACCCAAUGGGACGGAAGGCCAGGAGGAGUACGAAGAGGAGAGCUUUGAAUUCAGUGAGCGAGAAAACCGCGCCAACAACAACACACCAGACGUGGCCAAGCUAUCUCAAAUGGAGUACUACAGCAAUUAUGGGAAGAGUACGGGGCGCUUUAGUGCAGCAGGGAUAGUACCAAAUACACAAAACUGAACAUGUGUGUGAACUCAAUUAACAUAGAUUUGUUUUAUUGCAA